GCGCCGCUAGUAGGUCAGUUGCGGCGGAAUCACAGGGACUCAUCGUUGUGCAGGGUUUUAGGGUGACAUAUCAAAAUGCUGACCGUUAUUGAAGACAAGGAUGCCUUUGACAAAGCCUUGCAAGAGGCCGGUAGCAAGCUGGUGGUGGUGGACUUCACUGCUACCUGGUGUGGUCCUUGCCAGGCCAUUGGCCCUUUUUUCAAAGGACUCUCUGAAAAGCCUGAGAAUAAGGACAUAGUAUUUCUGAAGGUCGACGUGGAUGAUGCUCAGGAUGUGGCCUCCUCCUGUGGAGUCAAGUGCAUGCCAACAUUCCAAUUCUACAAAAACGGAGCGAAGAUUGAUGAAUUCUCUGGAGCCCACAAAGAGAAGCUGGAGGAAAAAGUGAAUCAGCACAAAUGAAUCUGCCCUACUCACCCUGUGCAAAAGACCAUAUCUAUACAUAUCUGAUGAUAAUUUACAUAAAUUUAUCAUAAAAAUUUGCCUUUGUAUGAUAAACAUUGUGUUCUGUUAAAGUGAUGACAUUCCCUAUUAACUGUUCAACAGCAUCCCUUCUGUGACGUGAUCAGAGGCAGACAUUAAAUCUAGA